AAUGGCAGGCCAACCUCAGCAGAAAGAUGCCCCUGACCAGAACUUCGACUAUAUGUUCAAGAUCCUGAUUAUUGGGAACAGUAGCGUGGGCAAGACCUCUUUCCUGUUCCGGUACGCUGAUGACUCCUUCACCUCAGCCUUCGUCAGCACCGUCGGUAUAGAUUUCAAAGUCAAAACCGUGUUUAGGCAAGACAAGAGAGUCAAACUGCAAAUAUGGGACACUGCUGGUCAAGAGCGUUACAGGACUAUUACCACUGCCUAUUACCGAGGUGCCAUGGGUUUUAUACUGAUGUAUGAUGUAACAAAUGAAGAAUCUUUUAAUAGUGUUCAAGACUGGGUGACACAGAUCAAAACGUACUCUUGGGACAAUGCUCAGGUGGUCCUGGUGGGCAACAAGUGCGACAUGGAGGACGAGCGUGUGGUUUCCGCCGAGAGGGGGCGCCAAUUGGCGGAGCAGCUGGGCCUGGAGUUCUUCGAGACUUCCGCCAAGGAGAACCUCAACGUCAAGGCCGUCUUCGAGCGACUGGUGGACAUCAUCUGUGAUAAGAUGUCGGAGAGCCUGGACUCCGACCCCAACCUGGUCAACGCCUCCAAGGGGACCCGCCUCACGGAAAAUCCGGCCCCGCCCAACGCGGGGUGCCAGUGCUAGACGGUUCAUAUGAAGAUAUUAUAAUGUG